GAAAGAGAGUCAUAAGUUUCGGGAAAUGCUGGAGAAUCGGUACAUUGUUGGAAAUCUUUAAUGGGUUACCAGCUCUCUCUGCCUGAUCCUUACAGGCAUUGAUCUGAAGGCUGGUACCCGAAACCGGAAAGUGCCUGCUUGAUCUUACCAGCUUUCCUUUCCCUUCUUAUUCUCCCUUCGACUUUCAAGAAUCUCGUGUACGUAUAUUUCGAGAUCAAAGGAAAGAAAACAGUGAAUUUUGAAGGUGGAUUUGGGAGAAAAGAAGAGUUCAUUGAAUUGAUAAUAUAAAAAUGAGUGCUGCUGUUUCUGGUGUGAUCUCAAGGCAAGUCUUGCCAGCAUGCGGCAGCCUUUGUUUCUUUUGUCCCGCGUUGCGGGAAAGGUCUAGACAGCCUGUGAAGAGGUACAAGAAGUUGAUUUCGGAUAUUUUCCCCAAGUCCCUGGACGAAGAACCAAAUGAUAGGAAGAUUGGGAAAUUAUGCGAAUAUGCUGCAAAGAACCCCUUGCGCAUUCCGAAGAUAGCUAAUAGCCUUGAACAAAGAUGCUAUAAGGAACUAAGAAAUGAAAACUUUCGGGCAGUGAAAGUUGUUAUGUGUAUUUACAGGAAAUUCUUGUCAGCUUGCAAGGAGCAAAUGCCAUUGUUUGCAAAUAGUCUAUUGACUAUUAUCAACACCUUGCUGGAUCAGACAAGCCAAGAUGAAAUGUUAGUCAUUGGAUGCCACUCCGUCUUUGAUUUCGUUAAUAAUCAGAAUGAUGGAACUUACAUGUUUAACCUAGAAGGAUUGAUACCAAAACUGUGCCAACUGGCUCAAGAACCGGGAGACGAUGAGAGGGCAGAAAAUCUACGGGCAGCUGCCCUGCAAGCUCUAUCUGCUAUGGUUUGGUUCAUGGGUGAGAACUCCCAUAUUUCAGUUGAAUUUGAUAAUAUUGUUUCCGUAGUCUUGGAAAAUUACAGAGGUCAAGAUAAGGAGUCGGAAGAAGUUAGUGAAACCGAGAGAACUACCUCUCCUGAUCAAGGCGUUGCGAGAGUUCCUUCUUGGAGACUUAUUGUAGAUGAAAAAGGACAACUUAAUGUGACCACAGAGGAGUCGAAGAGCCCGUCCUUUUGGUCUAGGGUGUGCCUGCAGAACAUGGCCAAGCUUGGCAAAGAGGCUACAACGAUGCGACGUGUUUUGGAAUCUUUGUUUCGAUAUUUUGAUAAUGGAAAUCUUUGGCCUAUACAGUUCGGGAUUGCUUUUCCCGUUCUCAAAGACAUGCAGCUUGUGAUGGAUGAUUCUGGGCAGAACACCCACUUUUUGUUGUCUAUAUUAAUCAAGCAUCUCGACCAUAAAAACGUCCUUAAGCUGCCCGACAUGCAGCUUGACAUUGUUGAGGUUGUCACUGCCCUCGUUCGCCUCACUAAAGUCCAGUCUUCAGUGGCUAUAGUCAGCGCUGUGAGUGACAUCAUGAGGCAUUUACGAAAAAGUAUACAUUAUACACUUGAUGAUGCGAAUCUUGGAAAUGAAGUGAUCAAGUGGAAUAGAAAAUUCCAUCAAGUAGUCGACGAAUGUCUCACAGAGUUGUCAUCAAAGGUUGGAGACGCUGGUUUAAUCCUUGACGUAAUGGCUUCUAUGUUAGAGAACAUUUCAAGCAUUACUGUUAUAGCUAGAACAACUAUUUCUGCUGUGUAUCGGACCGCUCAAAUUAUAGCUUCAUUGCCAAUCAUAUCUUAUAAGAAUAAGGCUUUCCCAGAGGCUUUAUUUCAUCAGUUAAUCCCGGCCAUGCUCCAUCCUGAUUACGUGACUCGAAUAGGAGCUCAUCAGAUAUUCUCCGUUGUCCUCGUGCCAUCUUCUGUUUGCCCUCAAACGACUUCAACUGUCACUGUUGCUAAGAAGAACAACAUGGUCGUCCCAAGAACACUAUCAAGAACUGUUUCUGUGUUUUCUUCAUCAGCUGCCCUUUUUGAGAAGUUGAAAAACCAAAAAGGUCCUCAGCCUCCUGAACCCAUCAUCCAAAGACCUCUGGUAGAAGCUGAUCACGGACCUCCUCCAGCUGGAGUAUUGAAUAGAAUUAGGUCGACAUACAGUCGAGUAUAUAGCUUCAGACAUCCACCGGCACCAGAAGGCGCUGAUGCUACAACAACCAACCCAAGUAAAGAACCGGAUGCCGUUCCUCUUAGAUUGAGCAGCCACCAGAUCACCCUCCUGCUUUCUUCUAUUUGGGAACAAUCUCUGUCUCCUGCAAACAUGCCCGAAAAUUACGAAGCUAUUGCUCACACAUACAGCUUGGUUUUGCUUUUUUCUCGAGCUAAGACCUCCUAUGUCGAUGCUCUUAUUCGAAGUUUUCAACUGGCUUUUACGUUGAGGAUCCUUUCUCUUAAGGACGGAGGGACUCUGCCACCAUCACGUCGCAGAUCCCUUUUUGUACUGUCGACUUGCAUGAUUAUCUUCUCAUCAAAGGCUUACAACAUUUUUCCUGUCGUCCCACAUGUCAAGGUCACAAUCUCUGAUAGAGUGAUCGAUCCGUAUUUGACAUUGGCAGAAGAUUGUAAGUUAGAGAUCAGUUCAAGAGCAGGGCAUGUUGCUUACGGAUCGAAAGAAGAUGACAGUUCUGCUCUGAAGUGUCUCUCAGAAAUAAAGCUCAGUGAGGACCAGAUGAGGGAACACCUUGUUUCGCUUAUUGUUAAAAAUAUGGGCGAGGUAGAGUUGGACGAGGAUAGCGUAAGACAACAGUUGCUCGAGGACUUUUCACAUGAUGACUUGUGUUCUCUUGGAGGGCAGUUAUUCAAUGAUAGCCCGAAGAAAGGACAAGACGGUAAACUCGAAAAGGCCGUCUCAUUAUUUGGACUAGAUGACGAUCCUCGUACAGAUUCAGUUGAAAGUAACGUGCCACAAAAUGCGAAAUUGACUAUUGAGUUUCCCAGUCUUCUAAGUGUCGACCAACUUCUCCAAUCUGUUUUGGAGACAGCACAUCAUGUAGGCAGAAUGUCUGUGAGCACAGCGCCCGAUACAUCUUACAGGGACAUGGCUAAUCAUUGCGAGACGCUCUUGGUAGGGAAGCAGCAGAAAAUGUCCUAUCUCAUAAGCACCAAUUCUAGGCAUGGGAAUUUGCUGGCAAUACCUUCACGGAAUUUUGGCGAAGCGGACAAACAGAUAGCUCCAUAUUCUGGUGUACAUAAGAGUGGAAAUCCAUUCUUGGAUCAAAACAUGCCAGGAGUAGUUCCUGGCCUACCGGUGGGAGGGCCUCCGGUAUUAUGUGCAACUGAGUACCAGCACCACCCUCACUCAUUCAGCCUGCCAGCAUCAAGUCCAUACGACAACUUCUUGAAAGCGGCCGGAUGUUGACAAAGACGCAAGACGACAGCCGUUUCAUUUGCACUCACAACGGCAGGAGCCCACAUGCUAAAAAAUGCGCCCGACAAGCAGCAAACAUCGCAUUAGGCAAGAGAAAGAGCCAGUUUUUCGAGUUUGUGGAUUUGCAGUAUGACUAAAGUUGAGUUUUGUUCUUUCUCCGAUUUGUGUAAAAAUCCACAUAGCGAUAGCACAAGGGGCAGGGGGCAUAAAUUUGGAGCAUUUUGUCCUCCCGGAGGUGUGGAAGUGAUGAACUUUCAGGUUUUAGCAAAGGUGUGAGGGCUCUUGUAGCGUACGUACCUGCUAGUUUUAGACCCUUUCUCUCAUGUACAAAACAAAAAAAGAAAAAACAAGACAAGAAUGAUGAGUCCAGUUUUUAUGUUUCAACAUCAUAUUUUUACGUUAAUUAUGACAAGGAAUUGUGUAUUUUGUCUUCACCAGUACUGAUCAGGAAACAGUGCUGUUUGUGGGAGUUGAUCAUAUUACUCUCUUUACUCUUAUAUAUACAUAGGGCUACUUUAUAUUUA